AUGAUCCUGCAAAGGUGGAGGCCAAAGCUGUCUCUGCUUGCAAUUCAGACGAUAUCUGGGCCGGCCAGUGCCAUUUUGGCUCCGAGUUGUUGCUUGUUCCUCUUUUACCCUCCCCCCCCUGAGCGGCGUGCUGCUAUGAUACCAGGGGCGGGGGGGAAUUUUGGGGGAGGCUAUGCAUUUGAGCCACAGCUGACCCCGAGGACAGAGCGACAUGUGAGGGGCCGGAAAUGCUGGGUUCAUCUGUGGGUCGUGACCUUCUCCAUCCUCUAUGUGACUGCGCUGGUGAUGACAGCGCUCUCGUGGUCGGACAAUGGCCUUUGCUUCAAAUCCUGGUGGUGCGUGUCGCGAAUGUACAUCUGCACCUUCAUCGCGGCCCUCAUGUGGGUGUGGUAUCUCUGGCGCAGCACCACCAGGGAAGGUGAAGUUCCACUGGGCCUUCUCGUCAGCAUUUGGUUCACCACAGGCACCCUCAGCGUCGGCAUGUGUUCGCUGUGUAAUUGGGCCAUGGUACAGCUGUGGGCCUGGCUAGACCCACUUUGCUACAUUACAUACCCAGCCGACAACUGGCCUUGGGAGUACACCUCCACGAGGUGUAUUAUGGUCAAUGCAGUACAGUGGGUGCUAACCGCGGGCAUCAUCGAGGAGAGCUUCAAGUUUGCGUCGUUGCUCAGAUUGCGGCCGACGCCUGGCAAGGUGUUGCAGGGCGUUGCCGGCUGCAGGUGUAGGUUGCCCGGCCUUCCCAAAGCAUGGUACAUGCGGCUUGCCGACUCCCCACUGGCCGUGGCCCUCUGCGGGGUGGCAGCAGGGGGAGGACUGGCAACGACCGAGAAUUUCAUGUACAUUUUUAGCACAGAAAGCAUUGACAAAGCUUUCAGAGAGGGAGAUCUGGAGUCAGCAUAUGGCCGCAUCGCGGCGUCCUUCGCCCACAUGGUUUGGACAGGCUAUGCCGCUUGCGGCCUAGCGAAGUGGCAGUUCCUGCCCGAGGGAGACCCAGCCAGGCCCAAGAGUCGCGUUCAGUAUCUCCUUCCUCCCAUCUUUCUGCACGGCCUGUACAACUGGUGUUCUACCCUUCAGCGCUGUGAGGCCUACGAGGAGACGUACCAGGGACAGCUUUACAAAAGUGAUGGCUGCUACCUACCGCCAACAUGGCGAAUGGUUUUCAAAGCAGCACACACCGUUGUCAUGCUUCUCAGCUUCUACUGGUGGCAUGCAGAGUUUUCCGAGAUUGCAGGAGACGAGGAGGAGGAGGAGGAGCCAGCCGCGAGUCGACGAGCCGAGGCCGCGUAA